AUGGCAGCAUCGAAGAAGCACUUGUUGGCGAAUGGGAGGCCGGACUCCUCAUCAUUCCCCCAUGUGCUUAGUGGAUCAUCGGCAGCUGCAGCAGUUGGGUUUGGAGGGGGUUGGGGAGGGGACAGGAACAUUCUCUGCACCAUCCUGUCGAGCACCUGCUGCAGUAGGAGGGGAUGCGUCACGCUUCACUUCAAGCUCGCCCUCAUGAUCACCCUCACCCUCGCCAACCCUGCCGCAAUGCUCGCCGUCACGCUUGCUGUAACGCUCGCCGUCACGAUCGCCGUCACGCUUGCUGUAACGCUCGCCGUCACGAUCGCCGUCACGCUUUCUGUAACGCUCUCCGUCACGAUCGCCGUCACGCUCGCUGUCACGAUCGCCGUCACGCUCGCCGCCCCGCUCGCCGUCACGCUCAUGCCCUUUCACUUGCAAGUGAUCCUCGUCGUCUACAGCUUCAUGCUGUCGUGUUGCCCCGGUCGCCUGUUGUUUCCCUCUUUUCCCUUUCUUGGCACCGCGUUUAGCUACAACACAUAA